UUAACGAUUGUGCACGGGGUCGAUUCUCCAACAGAUGUUUGUCAAAGUGUGUUGUUGGAGUCACGGGGAGCCCAUAUUCCCAUAUAGCGCUAGCAACACUAAGUUAGCAUUAGCACUGCAAACCAGAAAUAUGAAUAGGUAGAUAUUACGAGCCCCUUUUGGAGGUACAUGUGACACUAAGCUAGGAGCGUGCGUGGACAUCAAGGAAACCAAAAGACCAAGGAUGCCGGUACAUUGUGCUGCAAAUGGUUGCCGUCCAAUUACGACAACGGCCUUUCACAGAAGGAGCCCCCGCGACCCUCAAAACCGAAGCCUCCAACUCGGAAUACGCUUUUAACCCUUGCGAGGGUCCCAAAGACGCCUACACCCCUUCGUCGCUCGCCUACUCCGGCAGCUUCUACGUGGAAGCCUCUCAGGGGGCGCCGUGCACCACCGAGACGCUGCUCAACAUGAUCACCGAGAUCGUGGGCAUCUCCACCACGCAGCUCUCCGAGGCCCAGCAGCAGCACGGCGCCAACAGCCGGGGGGCUUCCUUCACGCCCCCCGUGGACAGCACGCAUUACGGGGACGCCAAGAGGCCACCCUUCACCUGCCGGGCCCCCACGCCCCCGCCUUACCCGUCCUCCUCCUCCGACCACCUGACCGGCUUCACCCAGGACCGGGCCGACCCCCCGGCUCCGGAACCCUCCACCUCCCAGCUGGGCUUCGCCAAAGCCGAGCCCAAGUCCGAGGCGGCCUCCUUCCCCGUGGUGGUCAAGAAUGAGUUCGAGAGCUACGAGUGGGGGGCUUUCUGCAAGUCGGACUGCCUGGAAGGCGGCUUCCACACGGAGACGUCCUUCCCCAUGUCCAACGACUUCCCGCCCGAGCAGCAGAUGGACGUGAAGGAACUUUUGGACACCUUCCCGGCCAUGUGCCCCAACCCGGACGUGGAGUUUAAAGUGGAGGGGGGCAUCAAGCAGGAGCAGUGCUUCCCCGACACGUGCUCUCAGAGCCAGCAGAGCUACGCGUACAACGGUUACCUCCCCCCGCCCCCCAUGGGGCUCUCCUCCGGCCUGAAGCCAUACCCCGAAGGGCCUCCGGCGUCCAACCAGUGUGACUCCAUCUACGCUUCCCCCGCUCUACCCAGCACCAUCGACUCCAUCCUGUACUCGUCCCUGCUGCCCGACUCCUUCGCCCAAAGCUACACCGCCCGUGCCGCCGCCACCUCCACCUCCGCCGGCGCCGCCAAGCCCCCCAGGACCCGCAAAACCGCGGCCUCCGCCUCCUCCUCCUCCUCCUCCUCGCACGGCCCGCCCAAGGAGAAGCCCUUCACCUGCCCCAUGGAGAGCUGCGACCGCCGCUUCUCGCGCUCGGACGAACUCAACCGCCACAUCCGCAUCCACACGGGCCACAAGCCCUUCCAGUGCCGCAUCUGCCUGCGCAGCUUCAGCCGGAGCGACCACCUGACCACGCACACCCGGACUCACACGGGCGAGAAGCCGUUCUCCUGCGACGUGUGCGGCAAGCGCUUCGCCCGCAGCGACGAGCGCAAGCGGCACGGCCGCGUGCACCAGAAGCAGAAGGAGAAAAUGGAGCUCAAGCCCCAAGUGACUCCCAGCGCGUGGCCCUUCGCCUUGCCCGAGGGCAUUUGAAGACCGGCUUACCCGCGCCCCCGCCGCACGCGCCCACUCACACACACCACCCGCGUGCGCGCCACAUUUUAGGAUCUUUCCGUCUUGGAAGGCACGACUCCUAACCGGUCUGCUUUGCCCGCCCGCCUUGGAUGGAGAGCGCAAAAGGCAAAAAAAAAAAAAAUAUAUAUAUAUAUAUUUUAAAAAAACGGGAGGGGCGAGCUUUUCGCAACGGCAAUUUGAUCUUCGGGUGGUUCGGGUAGGGGGGUGGGGGGGGUCAAUAAGGUCGCCACACCUGGGCUGAACGCUGACUCGUUCCGACUGCCGAUCAGCACCGCUUGCGUCGGGACAGCUCCUCACUCCCAUCUCGCCUCCCGUCGCCCACGGAUGGAUUUUGCACUCGCAGAUUUCUAUCGAGAUUUUCAACUCGGAAUGUUCUAUUUUUUUUUUUUUCCUGUGUUGUUUUUUUUUAAAAAAAAAUUUCUUCCUCCAGUUAUUGGACUAUGUUGCUCAAUGCAUGUUAUAAUUUUUUUCCUUUGAAUAUCUGCAAUAGCAACCCCCCCCUCCUCCAAUCACGCCAAAUAGAGGGGGGAAAAGGGGGGGGGGAGGCGUUAUUAAAAUGAAUGUAAGUUAAUAUUAUUAUAUUUAUGGUUUCUACCAUAAAGUUGUCCAUUUGGAUCAAACUUAGUGUUUGUUUAUACUUCCUAUCAUUUAGCCGUCAGUGUUUUAUUUUUAUUUAUUUAUUUUUUUGGUCAUUGGAGUUUGUGUUGUUUAAAUUGUGAAAGAUAUAUAAUUAAUGGCAAAUAAAUAUAUUUGUAUUACUGUA